AUGGGAAUAUUGCCCCUUUCAUACAUGGCGCUCAGUCUGGAUACGGACGAUAAGCCAAUCACAGCUCGGAUCCUGGUCUUCUUGCGGACCUGUCGACUUGUCUACUGGGAGGCAGCAGCACUCUUUUAUCACCGCGACCACCUCGUACUAAGCAGUUAUGACCUCCUUGCGCAGGAUCCUCGCUUCCCAAAAGACGACGUAGAUAGGCCUGGGCAGUUCUGGACCUGGACAAGUCCCGUGCGAUCUGUUAGCAUCAAGCACUUGACCGUCUCCUUCCAGUUCUCCGAGCAUUAUAUCCCAGUCUGUAGACGUCUACGAGUCAUGACAGAAUUGAAGACUAUUCGGUUCGUGGUGCAGUAUGUGCGUGGAGACGACGAGGACCGUAUCGAGGAUGAACUUCUCCUGCGUGCUCUGCGAGUGCUUGCCAAAGACUUGCGGCCGAUCUUACAGAAUUUCCCGGCGUUGAGCGAGAUUAGAUACUCUGGUCCAAAUGAUCGCCAACAAACUGGGCCGCACAAGGUUUCGCGAGAGGAUUGGAGUGUUAGGUUUGCUGAACAGUUCUAG